UUACAGAGAGUUCAGAGUCAUCCCAGUGCACGUCCGGUGAAAGCUCAGGUGGUUUCAGCUGUUCUGCCCAGGCUGGAUUCUCCCCACUCCUCGCGGAGACAUUUCUUGAUGAAGGCACUUCAAGCCCUGGUUCCAAGCCCGCAUCGCAAUGCACAUCUCCUGUCCUCUCAGAGAAGAACCUCAGAUCAAAGCCCAGCAGCCAGUAUGUCCCUGCUGUGAGUGUUUUCCUUCAUUAGGUGUAAAUACAUAGAAAUGAGAGUGAGGAUGUUUUACUAGCAUCACUCAGUUGCUACUCAUGGCAUUAAGGGUAGGAGAUAGUCCUUACCUUUCCAACUUCAUUGGUGCUGGAGGGCUCACCAGGUUCAAAUGAAAAUCCCACACUAUGGCUCAAUCAAGACAUCACAUCUCUCACCAUGGUUUGAGCUUCUGAACAUAUAAUAAGCAAACCAGCACUUAGAGCAGUUUGUCCAAUUUAGUUUUCCAUCUGCUGAAUGCUCCUUUUUCUGUACUUCAGGGAUUGCUGAACUAGACGCAGGGAUGUCCAACCAGUAGAUUGUGCUCUACCGGUAGAUCCCUGGCUGAUCCAAAUAGAUUGUGGGGUCCUUAUUGUGUACGAAAACAAUCCCCCUCUCUCUCCAUCCUCAAAAAAUUGCUUUUGGGAGAUUCUCUUGCAGCAUUAUGUCCAGAUAUUAUAUUGAGUGGCUGUAUGCUCUAUGUUACUAUAUGCCACAUAGGGUCCUCCCCCCAUAUAGCGUAAUAGUAAUGUGUUGGUGUUUAUGUUUUGUUAUGAAAAUCAUAACCCAUGGGGAAGAGGGCACAAUCCACAUGAAAUUAUACUGCUUUUGCAACCCACCUUAGAUCAGGCUGUGACCUGGUACAUCGUGGCCCAUCAGUUGAAGACCAGAGCCCUAGUGUGCUGACAUUGUGUGCACUUGGAAACUGAGACAUAGCAGAUGGCAGAUUGCCUUGUACUGGAGGUCCUCAGCAGAGCAAUUCCAUCAUGCAUGCCUCUUCCGUAGUCAGUCCCACUACGAUCAGUGAGACUUUCCCCUUGGAAAUAGCGCAUAGGUCUGCCGCCUCAGUGCCCCCGUCUCAUUCAUCCACACAGCGGAGUUAAUGAUGGGCGAUGUUAUUAACCAGGCCUCUUCUGCAGAGAAGAAACAGCGUGACAAAGACCUUGGCUAAAUAGGAAUAGAUUUCACAGAUCCAAUACAUAAUCCAUGUGUCCAACAAGAAGUCUUCACAGAACUCUACAUUUUAACAGAUGGUACAUCAGUCAUACUGAGCCCCACCCCGACCCUUGUGCUCAUGCAUGGAGAGCAGGGGGUGAAGUCUUUGCAGACAUAAAUGGGUCUUGGGGCCAAGCAGACAUGCUACUGGCAUCCAAAUCCAUGUGUGCAAUUCUACACCACAAACAGGUUCAGUUGGGCCUAUUGUUUAGACAAUUAGGAUUAAAAAGAUUUUACAAAGUGUUAAUCCAGAUAUUGCAGAUUAUUCCAAAUUAAUUUCAUCUGAGCAAUCGCAUACGAUUUAUUGCAGCCAAACUUUUAGAAACAAUUUUUUUUCUUUUCACUGCUUCUGAAUAAUAGUAACUUUUGUCAUUUUCCAGGAUGAUUUGGUGCAGAAUCCAUAA